AUGUCGUGCGCGAGAAUCCGCGUCAUCUUUGACAUUCGUGUAAGGUUCGGAUCUUGGAGAGCGUCCCCGGGAGACGCCAGCGUGGGUUGCGCCCUGAACUGCCAGCUACGGGUACGAGACAGUUUCGGUUUGGUGGAUCUCCUCGCCUCGGUCGUCACCGUCAGGAGAAACGCCCUGUUCGUAGUGAAUACUGACUACCGACCUACGAGCGAUCCGGCACGUUGGUCAUUGUCCGUUUUUCGCCACCUCGAAGGAACGGUGCGGCAGCGUCGAUUGUGCUGGAUGAACAUGUUCGCUAAACUUUAUGUGAUGUAUUAUGUGGAAGUGAGCCAUGAUAAUAGGGUGACGAUUUGUCGCGAUUUUGCCAAAGGGAAGUGUACGCGGACGGCGUGUAAAUACUACCAUGUUCCGGUGAUAUCCGACGGCGUGGCGGUGGCGAACAACAACGGCGGUGUGUCAAUGAGUACCGAGCUGACCACCGGCGGAUCAGUGAACGCCAUGAUGUUCCGAUCGGCACCACAGCACGCCAGACCGGUGCCGGUACCGGUCUCCGUCGAAAACAGCCCAGUGCCGGCGACCAUCGUGCCGGUGGCAGGUGGCAUGGCGUUUUGCACCAGCCCGUACAGCUUUCUGCCAUCGCCAUGCGCCUAUCCAGCAGCGUACAUUGCCGGUCAGUUGUCCCCGUGUGACAAGUCCGGCAGAGCGGUUGGCCCGAAGCAACAGCAAGAGGCAGCAGCAACGACGACCACGACGUCGCCGUCGUCGUCGUCGUCCGCCUGCAACGCGGCUGAGGCAAGCUGUCCGGACGCCGACGCCACUUGCGGAGUUCCGGCCGUCCGUCUGUACACGCAUCCGGUCACCGGCUGGCGCCGCGGCAGCCAACGCUAG